GUGUAGAAAAUCAGUUGGCAGCUCCCCAUCUUCAUGAAAGAAAAUAACAAAAACUUUUUAUACUACGGCAAUUAAAAGGAAUAAUUAAAGAUGAGCGAGGCUGCGGUGGCUGUGGAGGCGGAGGAGGGCAUGGUGGCCAAUAACAAGAUCCACUUCUCCAAGGAGGUGAAGCAGGUCAUCGACAAGGUCCUGAAAACAGACGAUCCCAUGGAUGCACCGGACUUCAACACCGUGGACUACAUCAACCAGCUGUUCCCCAACGAGCAGUCGCUGGCGGGGAUCGACGAGACCAUCCAGAAGAUGCAGUGCGAGGUGUCGCUGAUUGACGACAACAUCCGAUCCGUGGUGCGUGGCCAGACGAAUACCGGCCAGGAUGGCCAACUGGCGCUGUGCGAGGCACAAAAGGUGAUCAGUUCCCUCUUCAGCCACAUCAUCGACGUGAAGAGCCGGGCGGAGCGCACCGAGGAGAUGGUCAAGGAGAUAACCCGGGACAUCAAGCAGCUGGACUGCGCCAAGCGCAAUCUCACCGCUGCAAUUACGAGCCUAAAUCACCUGCACAUGCUGGUGGGCGGAAUCGACAGCCUCAAUAAGCUGAUUGAGCGGCGAUCCUACGGCGAAAUUCUCAAUCCCCUGCAGGCCAUCACCGAGGUUAACCAGCACUUUCAGCAGUUCUCCGACAUCGAGGAAAUUAAGAACCUCUCGCAAAGCGUCGACAAAAUCCAGGUCACUCUGGCGCAGCAAAUCACCGAGGAUUUUAAAGAGGCCUUUGCCGCCAAGCCGUCGGCACAAAACCAACACCGUUUGGGUCUCAAUCAGCUGGCCGACGCCUGCAAGGUGAUGUCCGUGCUGGAUCCCAAGGUGAAGAAGGAGCUGCUCAAGUGGUUCAUUGCCCAGCAGCUGGAGGAGUACACGCAUCUGUUCCACGAAAACCAGGACAUUGCCUGGCUGGACAAGAUCGACAAGCGGUAUGCCUGGCUGAAGCGGCAUCUGCUGGACUUCGAGGACAAGUACGGGCCGGUGUUUCCGCUGGACUGGGAGGUCUCCGAGCGCAUUACCGUGGAGUUCUGCCGACAGACGCGUGAACAAUUAGCUCUGAUCAUGUCCAAGCGCACCAACGAGAUCGAUGUGAGACUUCUCUUGUUCGCCAUCAACAAGACGCAGGCAUUUGAGCAGCUGCUCUCCAAACGCUUCACGGGGAUCACACUGGGAGCCAAGCAGGAGCCGGGAAGAGUGCUCACUGAGCCAACGGCUACGGAUGCUCCUUUGACCGUCUUCCACGAUCAAAUCGGGCAAUGCUUCAAGUCGCAUUUGGACAUCUACAUACGCAGCAUCGAUCGCAAUCUCGCGGAGCUGAUGGACAAGUUCGUGGAGAUGUCGCGCGAACCGUACAAGUUUGCCGAGGCCAAGACCACCGUGUAUCCCAGCUCCGGGGAUCUGUUCGUCUUCUACAAGAAGUGCAUGGUGCAGUGCAAUCAACUGAGCAACGAGCAACCCAUGUACGAUCUCGCUCUGGUUUUUAAGAAAUAUCUGCGGGAGUACGCCUCCAAAGUGCUCGAGGGCAGUACACCUAAGCUCGUGCCAGCCACCACAGGCAGCUCCAUUGGCAAAAGCGUCUCUUUGCUCACGCGCGACAUGCAGAAUUUGUCCACUGCCGCUGGCCAGGUGUUCCACAAUUUCCUCAAGGAGGGCGACACACAGCGAUUCUCGAGGGAUGACCUUGUGCGAAUUUGCUGCGUUCUGACCACCGGUGAAUACUGUCUGGAGACGGUCCAACAGUUGGAGGAUAAGCUGAAGGAGAAGGUGACCUCCGCCUAUGUGAGCAAGAUUGAUAUGAGCGAGGAAAAGGACGUUUUUCAUCGCAUCAUAUCCAACUGCAUCCAGCUGCUUGUUCAAGAUUUAGAGGCUGGCUGCGAAGCUUGGCUGCAGGCGAUGUCCAAGGUGCAGUGGCAGCACAUUAAUAACGUGGGCGACCAGAGCGCCUUUAUCAGCAGCCUCUGCGCCAACUUCAAGCAGACAGUGCCCACUAUCAGGGACACUUUGGCCAGUUCGCGCAAGUACUUCACCCAGUUUUGCCACCGCUUCGUGGCCGCCUUUAUACCGAAGUUCAUCAACGUGCUGUACCGCUGCAAACUGACCCUUUCGGAUGGUUCCAAUAAUGUGCUGGGUUGCGAGCAGCUGCUGCUGGACACCCAUUCGCUGAAGACGGCACUUCUGGAGCUGCCGUCGGUGGGUUCGAGUGUCAAUCGCAAGGCGCCCACCAGCUACACUAAGGUGGUGGUGAAGGAUAUGACGCGGGCCGAGAUGAUCAUCAAGGUGGUGAUGACGCCUGUCCAGCCACCAGCGCACUUUACCCAGCAAGUGCUCAAACUGCUGCCCGACAUCACCAUUGCGGAGUAUCAAAAGAUACUCGAUAUGAAGGCCGUCAAGCGGGUGGAUCAACUUCAACUAAUCGAUCUUUUCAAGCACACGGCUUCGGCAGCGGCAGUUAGUGGCUUAAUUGAGGCAACUGUGGGAGAUGAAGACACCCAGGGAACAGAAACGUCGGCCACAACCUCCGGAACGACUGAAGAUGCUGAAACCUCCACCGGAGCAACCGAAUCCAGUACAACCACGGCCACAACGGCGGCUUCUUCCACACCCAAGCGUGCCUUCAUCUUCAGCGUGGGCAGCUUCACGGGAAGCGCGGACAAGAACGCCGAUGGCAGCUCGCAGACGGGCAUCCGGAAACUGGAAAAUCUACUGAAAAAGCGCUUCCCCUAGGCGAUAUAUCUAUCCAUCUAUCUUCAAAAAUCAUUCCAUUGAGUUCGCUUUAGUUUGACAAUGUUGGUGAACGCUUAUUUGCUUAAUUAAUAGAGUUUUAAAUGGUCUAAUAAGGUUUGAAGAGACAAAUGACACACUUA